AUGGCCCAAACCUGCCAGGGGAUCCAGCACUCCAGCACACCCACUUUCCUGAGGUCGGUCCCGGCUCCGGACAAGGGGCGCUCCUCGUGGAAACUGAAUCAGGACUUCCCGGUCCAGGAGGAGGACAAGGAGGGGCCGCCGAACUGUGGAAGGACGCCGGGUUCGACCGCCCGAGAGCGGGUUCUGCUCGGAGCCCACGUCCCGCGCGGGAGGUUCUCGGCCAGCCGUGGGGCUCCUGCGCACCUGCGCCGCGCAGGCCCCGGAGUCCGGUCCCCGUACUUCUCACCUGCGCGGGCCGCGGCAAGGACGCCUGGGAGAGCCGGGAGCCCGGCGAAGAUGAACUCGGUGGUCUUUGAGGAUGUGGCCGUGGACUUCACUCUGGAGGAGUGGGCUUUGCUGGAUUCUGCUCAGAGGGAGCUCUACAGAGAUGUGAUGCUGGAAAACUUCAGAAACCUGGCCUCAGUGGAUGAUGAGACUCAAUUUAAGUCCAAUGGGUCAGUUUCUCAGCAGGAUAUUUAUGGGAAUAAAAUAUCCAAGGAGCAUAAAAUAUCAAAGUUCACUGGAAAUAAUUCCUUGGCCUCCGUCUUAGGAAAAAUUUGGGAAGAACUCAGCCUUGAAGAUCAGCACACAGAUCAAGGGAGACAUCCGAGGAGGCAGUCAGUGUGUUGACAAGUUGGAGCCCAGCCAAGAGAAGGGAAGCCUAAGACUUCAGACCUCACCACAGUGCCUGCAUUCAGGGGCCUGAGUGCUGAUAAUUAUGAGUGAUGUCAAAAUUAUGGGUGGUGGCUCUUCCUCAACUGACGUCACUGAUGUCACAAGACACCAGAACAGCCUUGCCUUCCCCAGAAGAGUGCCCUGGUCCUUCCUGCCUGUGAAGAGGCAGUUCUGAGCCCACUGUAGAAAUGAAUUAAUUGAAGUCCAGAAGGGUUUGGCUGUGAAUCUGCCCAGAUCAUAAAAGGUAUAAAGGGAUCAGGUGGCACCUUCCUCCAGAAGGACAUCUGCUCCCACUGAAAAGCCAGAGGCACUGACUUAUACACCAGCCUCCUAGGGGCACUACACACAGCAGUCAUUUCUGUACCCUGUGGCAUACAGACAGGCAUAACUGCCCAACCCCUGAGCAUGGAAUCUGAUGGCUCACACGGUCCCCCAACAGCCUGGCUUUUGAGGAAGUGCAUCACUCCAUCGGCUUCCACACGCAGAGGUGUGAACAUAGGCUGCCACACUCCAAUGCAGGGGAUACGGUUUACCUGUUCAAUAAACAGCAGCAGAACUAGAA